GUCACCAAAUGUAGCAUGGGUUUCGGUGACAUAAUAGCCAAUUCUUCUGGUGCCACUGCCGGCGGCCACAGCAGCCAUACGAACAGUCACACCAACAGCGGCAGCAACAGCAGCAACCACAGCAGCAGCAACAGCAACAUCAGCAGCAACAACAACAGUGGUAUCGGCCCCGGCCAUGGGAUGACCAAUGGGCUGAGCGGCCUUGGCGGACCUGGAGCCAGCGGUGGGAUAGGCGGAGGUGGCGGCGGUAGUUGUGGCGGCAGUGCAGGCGCCACUGGAGUCGUCUCACGUGAAGUGAUGCGCGCUUAUCUGGCAGACAGACGGGAUCAGGUGCUUGUGAUUUUACACGCAAAAGUGGCUCAAAAAUCAUACGGCACUGAGAAGCGCUUCUUCUGCCCACCGCCUUGUGUCUACCUGCGCGGUGAAGGCUGGUCCCUGAAACAGCAGGCCCUUUACGAGGCGGAUGCACGCAUCUCUGGACAGACCGCCAACUCCACUUCUGCAUACCACCAGCUCCAACGACCCACUAGUAGCCUUCUUGCUCAGACCGGUCAACUUUCCUCUGACGUGCCUCAGGUGAGAGUCAAGGUCGCUCUGAUGCAUGUUUUUCUUUUGUUUUUUCCUGACGAUAUUAAUGAGAUCAAUUACUCGGACAAGCGCAAGCACUUCAUGCUUACAGUAAAAAUGUUCUAUUCAAACGGGAAGGAUGUUGGACAAUUUUAUUCUAGAAGAAUAAAGGUUAUCUCGAAGCCUAGCAAAAAGAAGCAGUCAUUGAAGAAUACUGACCUCUGCAUUGCCUCCGGCACCAAGAUUGCCUUAUUUAAUCGGCUGCGCUCACAAACAGUCUCAACGCGCUACCUUCACGUGGAGCAGGGUAGCUUUCACGCCAGCUCCAGUCGUUGGGGUGCAUUUACAAUUCAUUUGCUGGCUGACGAUGAGUCGGAGGCUGAGGAAUUCACUGUCCAAGACGGCUUCAUUCACUACGGACAUACCGUGAAGUUGGUUUGCUCCGAAACGGGCAUGGCGUUGCCAAGACUGAUCUUGCGCAAGGUUGACAAGACUACAGUGCUGCUGGAUGCCGACGACCCCGUGAGCCAGCUUCAUAAAUGUGCUUUCCAUUUAAAGGAUACGGAUCGCAUGUACUUGUGUCUGUCGCAAGACAAGAUCAUCCAGCACCAGGCUGUGCCAUGCGAUGACGGUCCUGGCAAUCGAGAAACCCUGAAUGACUCUGCUGCCUGGACCAUCAUUAGUACUGAUAAAGCCGAGUACCGCUGGUUUGAAGCUAGCUCUCUCCGCGUUGCAGGAGACUCCCUAACUGCGCCACACCCCACUCUUCUCUCUGCCUCAUCUUCCUCCACCUCUUCCACUUCUUCCACUUCCUCUUCCUCCUCAUCCGCCUCUGUCUCCUCCUCUUCGUCCGCCCCAUCUGUCCCCGCAAUCGGCCAUCAGCAAACACUGCCGGUCCAAUCCUCCCAUCAUCAGCACCACCAUCAGUCCACAGUUAGUUUCGUGGUGCCUCAGCCCACUGGGCUACCUGUAACCCCGGUUCCACUGGUGCGCGACUUGCGUGUCAACGGCGGAGGCGAUGUGGCAAUGGUGGAGCUGGCGGGAGAAAACUUCAGUCCCAGCCAGCAGGUCUGGUUCGGUGAUGUUCCAGCGCAGACAUUCUAUCGUUGCGAAGAGUUAAUGCUUUGUUUUGUGCCCGAUAUUGCAGAGUUUCAUCGCGAAUGGACGCAUGUACAGGAGCCACUUGAGGUGGGACUUCCUCUUUCUCUAUACUCCCUCAUUUAA